AUGGCCGAAGGUCGUCAAGUGGAAGUGUAUACCGAAGAGGAAGGAUUCGAAGGAGCUUGGUUUAGAGCCGUUUUGGAAGAAGACCCAACGGGACGCAGAAAGGUUCGCGUUCGUUACACGACUCUCCUAACCGACGACGGUUUGUCUCCCCUAACCGAAAUCAUCGAUCCGAAGCUCAUUCGACCGGUCCCGCCGGAAAACCUCGACAGCGGCGUCGUUUUGGAAGAAGGAAUGGUGGUCGACGCUGAUCACAGAGACGCUUGGUGGACUGGUUUGGUCAUUAAGAAGGAACUUGAGGAUGAUAACUAUCUGGUCUGCUUCGAGUCUCCUCCAGACAUUCUUCAAUUCGAGAGAAAGCAGCUGCGAGCUCAUCUUCAGUGGACCGGUUCGGAAUGGGUCCGCCCAGAUAUUCAGGAAUUGGACGACUCCAUGUUUUGCUCCGGGACGAUGGUGGAAGUCUCUUCUGUCAAUAAAGGAGAAAUUAGAUGGUCCCCUGCGAUGGUAGUCAAGGAGAUUGAAGAGGGUGGCGAUAAAUUAUUCAUUGUCAAGGACUGUAAUCAACACUUGAGGAGCUACAACGGUGAUGAAGUGGCAAGACCAAACAAGACUGUCGAUAGCUGUCGUGUGAGACCAACGCCGCCUCCUUCUUCGGUUGAAGAGUACGGACUGCUGGAAUGCGUGGAGGUCUUUUACGGCUCGUUGUGGCGUCAAGGCAUUGUGACGCGUAUUCUCUCUGAAAGACGUUACAGGGUUAGUUUGAAGGCUACGAAGGAGGAGUUCGAGUUUAAACACUCUGAACUUAGGCCUUUCAAGGUUUGGGAAGAUGGUGUUUGGCUUAACGGAGCAAAGUGCCAGCAAAACCCUGUGAAAGAGACGCUUGACAAUGUCAAUGCCAUCAAAAGUAAGCCAACGCGGUCUUCUUCUGGUGCUAAGCCAGUGACUGGUAAAAGAUCCAGAAAGCAUAUGAAAUUAUCCUCACUGAAGGGAAAUGGCGAGACACUCACGGAAGCUGAAACUGUGGCUGUCACUGGAGAAGUGGGGAAGAAGAGGGUCGAUGCUGUGAUGACUGAUAAAACUCCACUGGUCAUCGUUACCCCACAAGUAACACCAAUUGCAAGAAAAUCUGUUUCACCUGUAACCCCAUCUCCAGUCAUAACUGCAACAACAGAGACUGUAACAAAAGGAAAGGAAUCCUCUGAAAAUGGUUUGGGAAAUGAUUCAACUCCACACAAGCUGCCUGAAGUGGAGAAUAGCCAAGAUCAGAGUAGAAAAAGGAAAAGAGAAGAAAGUGGUGAGGCUUGCAAUGGUUCAGAGGCUCUGAUCACUGAUUAUAUAUGCGAUGAUGAUGAUUAUGAUGAUCAGCCCCUCUCUUCUUGGAUCCUUGGAGAAAAAUCAUCUACUAAAUCGAAGUUAUCUCAUGAUACAACAACGGUUCUGCCUUUUGUGAAACACUCACCGGUUUGGCAAGUGUUUGAGUCAAUGGAGGUCUUUAAGUCAGUGAAGCAGAGACCUCAUUUUAGCCCGUUGCUCGAGUCAAGAGAGGAGUUCCGUGAAGGUUUAGCUGCGGGUGAGAUGGUGAUAUAUAUCGGUUUAUUAGAGAGAGUAGAGAAUCUGCAGCUUCACACUCCCAAAAGCACACUAGAGAGGCUGAGAGACUGCUUUGCCGAGCUUGACAAGUACGGAUUCGAUGUUGUAACUCCUAUAUCGCGGAUUGAGAUGUUGUUAUCUCUUAAAGAUAAGCAAGUAAAGAGACUUGAGGAACUGAAUGAUAAGGAGAAAAAGAUGACAGAGGAAGUUGUCAAGAAGGAAAAGGUUGAAGAAGAUCUGAGAGAAGUUGAGCGCAAGAUUCUCGAGCUGAGGAGACAAGAAACAGAGUUGAGAGGGAAGAAGGAUGCUUCGGAGAAAGAAAUUGGUGAAAUGCAGUUGUGUGUAUCAACUCUUGGCAAGAAGGUUCAGGACGUGGAGGUUGAGUUUCAGACGAUCGUGUCAGCUCCUUGGUGA